UGUAAUUAAUAAAAAUAUAUGAUAUCAAGAAGUAUUGAUAUAUGAUAUCAAUAAAAUAUUUAAUAACAAAAAAUAUGUUCAUAUUAAAAUAAGUAGUGCUGAAGUUGAGUGAAUGCAUGGAAAGCUUUGGGAAGGAAAAGAAACAAAGUUUACCUUAAAAAAAAAGAUUUAAAAGAGACUAAAUAUUCAGUUCUAAAACAUAAAAAUGUCACAAAAAUCGUAUACAUCAAGAUUGAAACAGGAUUACAUCAGAUUAAAACAAGAUCCCGUUCCCUAUAUACAUGCCGAAUUUCUUCCUUCAAAUAUUCUUGAAUGGCAUUAUGUUAUCCAGGGUCCAAAAGACAGUCCGUUCAACGGUGGAUAUUAUCAUGGAUCGCUAAUAUUUACAAAAGAUUUUCCUUUCAAACCACCUUCUAUCUAUAUGUACACACCAAAUGGACGUUUUAAGCCCAACAAAAGGUUGUGCUUGUCGAUUUCUGAUUUUCAUCCGGAUACUUGGAAUCCAGCUUGGAGUGUUAGUACAAUUUUAACAGGUCUUUUAUCGAUUAUGUUAGAAAACUCACCGCUUUUGGGAAGCUGUGAAUCAACACUUUAUGAAAAGAAAAAGUUAGCAAUGAAUUCAUUAGAGUUUAAUUUGAAAAACGAUACAUUCAAAGAACUUUUUCCCGAUUUAGUAUCAGAAAUCCAAGAAAAAUUAGAGAAAAUUAAUGAAAUGAAGAAAAAAAAUGAAAAGGAAGCGAGUGAAAAGUCAGCAAAUGAAACAAAUCAAUUAGAUAGCGCCACUAACAAUGGAACCGUCUACAAUCUAUGCACAAAUGUGAUAAUUCUCGUAAUGUUUGGAAUUUUUAUUUGCAUCGUUAAGAAAAUUUAUGAAUCAGGAGAACAGGAGGAAUAAUGUUAUGUUGGAAUUCAAAUAACACCAUCCAUUUAAUUGAAAUUUUCUAACAUUUAGGAUUAAAAUAUUUUCUUGUUUGUUUUUAUUCAAUUAAAAUUCACUUAAAAAGAAAAAUGAAAGUUUUACUUUCUCUGUUUUAUUAAGUAUCUACCUUAAAAUCGAUUCAUGCUUACUAUAACGACUUAGUUUUAUUCAGUUGGUAGGAUUUUACUUCAUUCGCAUGACAUUCAAGAGUCGUAAAUUUUGAUUAUAGACCAAUGGAAAAUAUUUCACAGAAGUGAUAAAAUAAUUAAGAAUAAAAAUGAAAUUUUAGGAUCGGGAAUUAGAAAGAGUUU